AAGCAAGUUGGGGGGAGAGACUGGGAUGACCGCAGGGGCUCAUCUGACCAGUGGCUUACACACUUGUCUUUAUCCUUAAUUACAGGUGCUGACCCUAUCUACACACAAAGCAGGAUUUCUUCUCCGUCCAUCUCACCUGGUUGCCAUAGCAACCACAAAGUUUGACAGCUGAUGUUUUGAAACCAGUGGACUUAUCCUCUAGAUCAUCCGUCCUUCUAUCGUCACUGCCCUAUGUACAAGAUGGCCACGUAUACAUUUAACCCUGGAUGCAGAUAUGGUAAAAUAGUCGUACCCAUGUCGCAGCUCUCGGCAACAAGCACUCCGCCAAACCCGCCCAUGUCACAAGAUACAUUUGAUUACUUAUGGAACACAUUAGGAGAAUGUACAGAAAAUGGCAUUUUUUCCAGGGAGUACACACAUAUUUCAUCGAAAGAUCUCGACUAUCAAUAUCAUGACAAUGAAGACGAAACUGCCACAUUCCAAGUCGAGAGCUUCCAGAUACAAAACCAUGCAGAUGCUUCCAUCAAUGAACUGGUCAGUAAAUUGAACCCCAUCAUCGCUCAAACAACCACUGCCUCUGGGAUGAGCCCAGACUCUCAGACACAGAUCAUCGGCAGCUCUGCGUCAAGCCCCUACCAUGAUGGAGUUGUCACGUCACCCCCACCAUAUUCACCUCACACCAACAUGCAGUCUCCAUCUCCCACAGUGCCAUCAAACACCAACUAUCCUGGGGACUUCAACUUUGAAAUCAGUUUUGCUCAACCAUCCAAAGAAACAAAAUCCACAACAUGGACAGUGAGUAUUGACAAGUACUCUGAAUCACUGAAGAAGCUGUACGUGAGAAUGGCCACCACAUGUCCAGUUCGAUUCCGGGCGCAGAGGACACCCCCAGUAGGAACCAUAAUCCGUGCAAUGCCCAUUUUCAUGAAGCCAGAACACGUCCAAGAGGUGGUAAAACGCUGCCCCAAUCACGCCACAUCGAAGGAGCAUAACGAAAGUCAUCCUGCUCCCACCCACCUAGUGCGUUGUGAACACAAACUAGCCAGAUACCACGAGGACAGUUACACAAGUCGUCAGAGCGUCAUCAUCCCCCACGAAAUCCCGCAGGCAGGUUCUGAGUGGGUGACCAACCUCUUCCAGUUCAUGUGCUUGGGCUCCUGUGUGGGAGGCCCCAACAGACGACCCAUACAGAUUGUGUUCACUCUGGAGCAUGAGGGCAAGGUUCUUGGCAGACGGGCAGUCGAGGUCAGGAUCUGUGCCUGUCCGGGGAGGGAUCGGAAAGCCGAUGAAAAGGCAGCAUUACCACCUACCUGUAAACAGUCCCCCAAAAAGGUGCCUCAGCUGACAAAACUUACAGUCGGAACAGAAAUAACCGUGGCCCAGGGGAAGAAGCGGAAGUUACUAGAGGAAGAUGCGUACUCGUUAACUGUUCGUGGGAGAGAAAACUAUGAGAUUUUGUGCAAGAUUCGGGACAGCUUAGAACUGUCGUCUAUGGUGCCACAGCAGCAAGUUGAACUGUACCGGAAACAGCAAGGAGAAAUCCAGAGACACCCAAGCCAACCACACGUCAUCUCCAUCCCUAGCAACGAACACAUCGCUCAGCCAGCCGAGACGCCACACCAAGCCAGCCUCCCAUUCAGCCCCGACUCCAGCAACGUGAGCAGCUCUCAGACCAAUCAGGUGAAUGGAGACACACUGCCUGCAGCACUGGAGGCCGUCAUUAACCAGGCUGCCGUCAAGGAGGAAGUGAUGGGCAACGGACAGACCAUGGUGGACAACUCCGUGGCCUCAUGGUUGAAUUCUAUUGGUCUCUCUGCUUACAUCGACAAUUUCCACGAAAAGAACUUCCUAAAUAUGUUCCAGCUCGAUGAAUUCUCUCAUGAGGAUCUGUCAGCCAUGAAGAUUGGAACAAGCCAUCGCAACAAGAUCUGGAAGUCCUUGGUGGAAUACAAGCAGGCAAAUGCCUACACAUCUGAAGUCUCCCAGUCGCUCGCACGCAAUGCCAGUAGCACAUCCACGAUCAGCCUCUCAUCCCAGCCCAGCAUCUCACAGAACAGCGCAUACUGUCCGGGAUACUAUGAAGUCACACGCUACACAUUCAAACACACAAUAUCACUCACCAAGGACGAUGUCAAGAAGUUGAGAACGGAAAAGCCAGAAUGAAAGAACAUGUGGCUUUCACAAGAACAAUUCUAAAGGUGCAAACAAAUUUUAUAAAGUGCAUUUACCUUUCGUUAUGGCUAAUUGAUCAUGUUUAUCACUGCUGAUAUAGACAUCUUCCAGUUUGUGUGGCAAUCGUUGAACGAAGUGUGCUUAUCAUUAAAUAUUACAUUUAUACAUUCCAGUUUAUUCCCGUGUUGAUGUUUUCUGUGUGUUUUUACCCAAUCGUCUUAUGAAGAUGGACUCAACUAUUCAUUCAUAGUGUGUUUGUUACACAUCGGACAAAUCCUUUAACUAACCUUCUAAUGAUUGUUACCAUGUUUAACAUCGAGACUGAAAUUUGUGUUCUGAAAAUUGAAAUUAUAGUUAAUUUGAUUUGCUAGUCCGAUGAUGAAGUGGAGGUCAAUAUUAGCAUUUGGGCCAAUACAUAUGUACAAUAUAAGAUUAUCUGAAACUCAGGUAACAUCGCUAUUGUUGAAACAUGCCAGACCAAUGUUAACAGUAAAUACCAUGGCCAUUGUAAGCCUUAUUUUGUUGGAUAGGAAGUCAAUGUUGUUUCGGAAGGUCAGUAGCCAGAACAGCUUGUAGCACUUGAUGUCUCAUCUAACCAGAAUGGUUACAAAAAAAGAAAUGGUUGAAUAAAUUUAAUUCAUGGUGGAAUCCUCAGGUUUGUCUGGCGUCUUCUGUAUGCACUGCAGGAUGGCAUUGUUCAGGGGAGGUAACUCCAACUCAAAUCCAAAUGUCUAGCGCUCCGUCCAUUUUGUAAUGGCUGUUAAUUUAUGUUGGUAAGAUUUUUCUGUUAUGUUGUCUUGAAGACAUAUAUUUCAUUGUAGAGAACAGCAUUGUAUAGUAGCUCAAAAGGAGACUGUCAUGUUUUCAAACUCAAUCUUGGUUUUAGGGACAAACUGCCUCUUAACACAGUUUGCAAAAUGCUGAAAGAAAUAAGUUUGGAAGGCUUAGUCCCUAACAUCAAUAUUGUAUACUAGUUCAUUCAUACGCCUUAACAUUCCAUUUCUUGCACUCUCAAGGGACAUACCAAAUCUAUGAUAAUCUGAGAGGUACUGUUUAACAAGGCGAUAAUCCACUUUCAUGUGAAACCAAAACAAGUGUUUCCUAUUGCUUUGUCGUAAAGUUUUCGAUGAUUUGUAAGCUAAAACAAUCCAAAUGUAUCACUUAAUUUCUGAGUCUGAGAGUAAACAGAAUGGUAUGUUUCUGAUGUAAAUACGUGGGUGUCCUGGAGGGUCACCCUGUCAUACUCAUUGUUUAGAGAACAAACACUUGUUAAUACUAUCUUCGAUAAGACUAAUAUGCAAGGAAAAUAUUUCCAAAGGGACUAUUUUGGAAAUGACCGUAUAUAUUUAUGCUUGUAAAUGUAGUCUGACAGGUUUUAAAUAGUUUUAUUUUUGUCGUGAUUUUGGGGAGCUUCUUUUAUACUAGCCACCACUGAAGUAUUGUUUUCUUUGCAUAGAUUCAAUAAAAUAAUAGCUGAAAGGAGAGGAUCUAUGUUGAGUUUAAUGGCAUAUCUAGUGCAUUAAUGUAUUCAGAUUUGAUUGAAAUGUGUAGAUAUUUUGUCCAUGCGACCAGCUAUUUUAAGUUUGCUAUUCAAGAGAAAUGGUUUGAUGUGCUGCUUAAUUUCUUUGUUUCCUGAUAAUGGCAUAUUGUCACUGAUAGAUUUUUUAAACAAUUCUAAUGUAUUUAUCAAGUGUUGGUUCAGAAUGGUCACAUUUUCAUGUCAUUUUCAUGUGGGUUUGUGCAUAAUUUGAGCGGAACGCUCUGUGUUGAAAAGUGUUCAUAGAGAAGACAGUUGAAGUCAGCCUUCUCAGUUGUUCAUGACAGUAGUUGAAAGGAAAACAGUAUAUGCAUAAUGACUAUUUUCAAUGUGUGAGAUGUUUAUUAUUUUGUUAAUUGGAUUUCUGAAAGAUAGAUUUCCAACGGUGCGAUACUUAAAUUUUGUUGUUCAUUGUUCUUCAAUACCUUUCCAAUCAUAAAGCAUGUGUUCAUCAUAGGUUAAAUGUGUCAUUUGUGAAAAUAUAGUUAAUAGUAAAAUGUUUCAUAUUAAAAUGUGACUGCAUUGGUGCAUUUUCUAACUAAUAUACGAAAAACAGUUAGGUCUUUUUCUUUGGGGAAACAUGUUUUUAAAACAACAUUAGAAUGUGCAAUGUCAAGAAUUUCAAAGACAAGACAUGUUGCUGUGUGUGAUGUGUUCUGGGGUUGUUCUGUUUAUUGUGUACAAAAAAUGUAGUAUUUUACAGAGCCUGUUACAAGCAGCGUUUUAAGUGCUGGAAGGGAGGCAACUCCAGAAUGGUGGCCAUUGGUUUUCAUGAGUUAGCUCCCCUUACAUGAAUGGUGAUUUUCAUGACCUGAGAUAUUUUACAAUAUUCAGUGAAGUCGACUUGAAAGGGAACAGCUUUAUGUUGUUGAGGACUUUGUUUGAGAAAUGUACACUGUCAGCUUGUUGUGGUAGUGGUGGAUUCCCCAAGAUGUCUGUAGUCAGUGUAUGAAGCAGCAUCCCCUUAAGACACCCCCACCCCCAAUUCUCAGAUCUGCUGCAGAAUGGUUAAAAGUGGUUCAGUCUCUAACCUUUCUAGGAUGUUUGGUAUUCAUUCAUUUCCCAUCUCUAAAGCUAGAAGAUGUUUCCGCUUUCAGUGUCACAUGUAAGGGGAGAUAACCAUGGUGGUUUGUUUGAUAAACUGAGUGUCGUGUAUAUAGUGUUGGAAGUGUUGAAAGCUGGAGCGUCCUGUACAUCAUUAGAAUACAUCUAUUUAAUAUUUUCUACAUUAUUUAUGAGUGAUGUGUUUACUUAGUGACAUCUCAGCAAUAAUGGUUUGCUUGGCCUGCCAACACAAGGGGUAUUUAUUUAUCAAUAUAUUGGGGGUUUUGUUUUAGAGAUUCGUUUGAUAGAUAAUUUGGAUUUUUAGAUUUCCAGUUUGUGUUUGAACGUUUUUAAUAAUGUCAAAGCAGAGAAAAAUGUAAAACAUUUUAUAUUGUAUUUUUUUCCGGAGUGCUGUUUCAAGAUCCAUUGAUUGAUAUACUUAAAGGAUUGUUAAAGUUAACAAUUUUGUGUGAUAUGGUUUUGGAGGUAGAUAAUGAUUUCGUUAAGGUUUUACAGUGCAACUCCAGAAAUACUAGGCCAUUGUUAAUGUUCACCUCGCCCCUUCUGUUGGCACACUGUUCAUGCUGUUCAUCUGAUGCGAGCCUGUUGGGUACUUGCCUAUUGCCAUGGUAAUGCUAACAUUACCUAGUUGGCGGAAAAUGUUGAGAAAGCGUAAAUCAAAAUGUCGUUUGCCUUGUACAUGUUUUAACAGAAAUUGCUAUCCAGGGUCAGGGACUUUAAGACUGGUGCCAGGAGGCAAGCUUUGGUCCAAGGGGCUUGCAUCUUACAGUUAGCAUGAAGUAAAUAUGUCAUCAAAUAUAACAUUUCUCCCAAACAUUUGGGAGUUUUUGUCAACAUUUAUCAAACAUUUGAUCUGGAUUUUCCAGAUUUCUAAAAAGAUAUUGAAUCUGAAUUGCAUUAUAUUGUUGCAAGGAUGUUAGAGAUCAAAUUAUCUCGCUGCCAUUUGUGAACAAAUUGCUUGCCUAGUAUUCGUUCAUUAUUCUUGCAGUUGUAACACUUGUCACAGGUUUGUUCAUCAGUAUUAACUGCCAAAUUCAUCGUUCCAUACAAAACAUUUGUAAUUGUGUAAAAUCAUCCAAAGUAGUAGCAUUACACAAAUUUGCAUUUACUUUCCCAGUUUAGAAAUCACGCCUGUUGAAACUGCCAGCAAUUUUCAUUCUGUUUGGGAAGAUGGUUCUCAUGUGUUUGUUAAUUUGAUGACAUAUUUCUGUUUAAAUUGUUGACUAUGUCUCACUACAUGUGUGGCUUAUCAUCUGAAAGAAAUGUGUUCAACUGUGAAAUCUGACACCACGAUAUGUUUCACUAUCCACCAAGCUUGUAUUUAACAACUUCAUACCAUUAUUUUAGAAUAAAAUUCAUUUCAAAGAAAA